AGAGAAGUGAUGUGAGAUACAUGUGUAUAUAUAUAUUUGUACAAAUGAAUGUAUGUUCACACUAGAAAACAGAAAGAAAAGAAAAAAAAUUAGAGAGAGGGGCUUAUUCGUAUAUAUAUAGAAGAAGGGAGAGAGAGAAGAGUAAGAGAGAAAGAAAAAAAUGGGAAGAGGGAGAGUAGAGCUGAAGAGGAUAGAGAACACGAUCAAUAGGCAAGUGACGUUUGCAAAGAGAAGGGGUGGUGUUUUGAAGAAAGCAUACGAGCUUUCCGUUCUAUGUGAUGCAGAGGUUGCUCUCAUCAUCUUCUCUAAUAGAGGAAAACUGUUCGAGUUUUGCAGUAAUUCCAGCAUGCUUAAGACACUGGAGAGGUACCAAAAGUGCAACUAUGGACCUCCAGAGCCCAAUGUGCCUUCAAGAGAGGCCUUAGCAGAACUUAGUAGCCAGCAGGAGUAUCUCAAGCUUAAGCAGCGUUACGACGCUUUACAGAGAACCCAAAGGAAUCUAUUGGGAGAAGAUCUUGGACCACUUAGUACGAAGGAGCUUGAGUCACUUGAGAGACAGCUUGAUUCUUCUUUGAAGCAGAUCAGAGGUCUCCGGACACAGUUCAUGCUUGACCAGCUCAAUGAUCUCCAGAGCAAGGAGCGCAUGCUUUCUGAUACAAACAAAACUCUACGGCUAAGGUUAGCUGAUGGGUAUCAGAUGCCAUUCCAACUCAACCCGAACCAAGAAGAGGUACAUGUUGACUACGGGCAUCAUCAACCGCAACAACAAGCUUUCUUCCAGCCUUUGGAAUACGAGCCCAUUUUUCAAAUGGGGUAUCAUCAGGGGCAACAGCAAGAUCAUGGAAUGGGAGCAGGGCCAAGUGCGAAUAAUUACAUGUUGGGUUGGUUACCUUAACCAACUCUAUUUGAAACUUUCUUCAUAUUUGUUUUUUUGACAUUUUAAAAUCGAAACUUUCUCCUAGCUUUCCUCUUAGGCUACAUGAUGAUUACCUCUCUCUACAUUACUGUCUUGUGUGCAUGUGUGUGUAAUGUUUUAUUAUGAUAUUUUCAACAAAAUUAUACUCCGCAUAUAAUUUAGCCAGGCA